AUGGGUUUCGGCAUCCAGCUGGCGCUGUUACUCUGGAAGAAUUUCACAUACCGGCGCAGGAAGACGUUGCAACUGAUCAUCGAGAUCCUCUGGCCCCUCUUCUUGUUUUUCAUCCUCAUCUCCGUGAGACAAUCCCACCCGCCUUUCGAGCAACACGAAUGUCACUUUCCAAACAAGGCGCUGCCGUCGGCCGGCACUUUGCCAUGGCUUCAGGGAAUCGUCUGCAACAUCAACAACCCCUGCUUCCGAAACCUGACGGUUGGAGAGACUCCCGGCUCGGUGGAUAACUUCAACCGUUCCAUCAUUUCCCGCCUCCUUGCUGAUGUCCAGAAAGUCGUCCAUCGAAUGAGCGACCCAGAAGCGCAAAGGGAUUUCUCCCGGCUCCUGUCCGCCUUGCGUCAGAUAAGCGGAAAUGUUAGCUCGCAAACGGAUUUGCAGGUGAGGGCCUACCUGAAAGAAAACGAGACAUUUUCCCAUUUCCUCCGGAACGACGCAUCCCUGCCACCUGCCGCCGUGGAGGAACUGCUGGGGUCGAAGCUUGACCUGCGGGUGUUCUCCCUCGCCGGAACGCCUUUGAAGGAGAUAGUUUGCAACGCUUCCGCCCUCUCCAAAUUCUUGGCGUCCGAAGACGCGGAGGCGUCCGAGGGUCUCCGGGAAAGCCUGUGCGCUCUGCCGGACGGCACCCUCCGAGCCCUGGAGCGCCGCUUCCUCUCCCAAGUGGACUGGGCCAAAAUUCUCGCGGAGCGCGUGAAUUCUGCUUCGGCUGCUGAGGUCGCAAACACGGUAGAAUCCCUCCGUACUGUUCUUCAAGGGACCUCAUCUUUAGCCAAGGAGAUCUCAUCCGCGACCAGCUUUGUGGAGUUCCGCGAGGCUCUCCGGGUCCUCUCCGGCCGGGACCCAGUGUCUUCCGCCCGGCGGACCUUCGAAGUCUUCUCCCGCCUGGUCUGCGGCCACCCCGAAGGGGGAGGCCUCAAGGUGCCCUCUCUGAACUGGUACGAGGACCACGACGUCAAGACCUUCCUCGGCCGCAACGAAUCGGGGCAAAAGAUCACCUUGGACAACGGCACGAGCCCCUACUGCAAAGAUUUGAUCCGGAACAUAGAGAGUAACCCGUUCUCUCGCAUCUUGUGGAGGGGGGUGAAGCCCCUUUUCGUCGGGAAGAUCUUGUACGCCCCUCCCACGCCAGCCACGCGGAAGGUCAUGGCGGAGGUGAACCGGACUUUCCAGAACCUGGCCGUCUUGCGCGAAGUGAGGGGGGCGUGGGAAGACCUGGGACCCCAGCUGUACACGUUCAUGAACUCGAGUCCGGAAGUGAGAGCUGUUCAGAGCCUGCUGGAGACCCCCGGCGUGGCCCAGUUCCUGGAGCAACAGCUGGGAGGAACAUUUUGGAACGUGUCGGCCUUGAGAGAGUUCCUGUCUCCGGAGACGGACGGCCGAGCCUACACUUGGCGCCAGGCCUAUGGCGAAGUGGACGCGGCAAUCGGCACCUUGUCGCAAUUUAUCGAGUGCAUUUCCCUGAACAAAAUCGAGGCGGUGGACUCGGAGGAGAAGCUGGUUUUGCGGGCCAUGCAGCUGCUGGAGGAACGUCAGUUCUGGGCCGGGGUGGUCUUCCUGCCGCCCGACAACCAGAGCGAUUUCGGCGGGGUCCUGCCCCCCCACGUCCGCUUCAAAAUCCGGAUGGACAUCGACGACGUCACCCGCACCAACAAGAUCAAGGACAGGUUUUGGGACCCGGGGCCAGCAGCCGACCCCUUUGAUGACCUGCGGUAUGUCUGGGGCGGCUUUGCCUACGUGCAAGACCUCGUGGAGCAAGCCGUGGUUCGGGUCCAAGCCGAGGAGCCGUCUCCACAGGGCCGCGUGGGGAUCUACAUCCAACAGAUGCCUUACCCCUGCUACGUCGACGACAUAUUCCUGCGCGUCCUCAACCGCUCCUUGCCGCUGUUUAUGACGCUGGCGUGGAUCUACUCGGUCGCGAUGAUCAUCAAAGGGGUGGUCCACGAGAAGGAAGCCCGCCUGAAGGAGACCAUGAAGAUCAUGGGGCUCAGCAGCGGUACCCUGUGGUUCAGCUGGUUCCUGAGCAGUUUCAUCCCUUUCCUUGCCAGCGCCGCCUUGCUGGUCCUCAUCCUCAAGGUGGGGGACAUCCUGCCCUACAGUGACCCCGCUGUGGUCUUCCUGUUCCUGGCCACUUUCGCCGUGGCGACCAUUUCCCAGUGCUUCCUAAUCAGCACAUUGUUCUCCAGAGCCAACCUGGCGUCGGCUUGCGGCGGGAUCAUCUACUUUUCGUUUUACCUGCCCUACGUCCUCUGCGUGGCUUGGCGAGAGCGGAUCACCUUCCCGUUGCGGCUGUUUGUGAGCCUCUUGUCCCCCGUCGCCUUUGGUUUCGGCUGCGAGUAUUUCUCCCUCUACGAGGAGCAGGGCCUGGGCAUCCAGUGGUACAACUUGAACUCGAGCCCCGUGGAAGGCGACCGCUACACCUUUGCCACGUCGGGCGGGUUGCUGCUCCUGGACGCUGUCCUCUACGGACUGGCCACGUGGUACAUCGAAGGGGUGUUUCCAGGCCAAUAUGGGAUCCCCAAGCCAUGGAAUUUUCCGUUCCAGAAGAGUUACUGGUUCGGAGAGGCCUCGGCCGACGGCUCCCCGCACCCCAUCCCGACAAAUUCUCUCAACUGGGCCGAAGUGAUCGUGGAGGACCCUCCCGCCCAGCUGAAGGUGGGGGUCUCGAUCCGCAACCUGGUGAAGAUCUAUCGCAGCGGCGGGAAGGUUGCCGUGAACGGGCUAAGCCUCGACUUCUACGAGGGCCAGAUCACAUCCUUCCUGGGGCAUAACGGGGCCGGGAAAACGACCACCAUGUCCAUCCUAACUGGUUUGCUGCCCCCCAGUUCUGGCACGGCAUACGUGAUGGGAAGAGAUAUCUGCUCCGACAUGGACGUCAUCCGGAGGACGAUGGGCGUCUGUCCUCAACACAACGUCCUCUUCGACAUACUGACCGUGGAAGAGCAUAUCUGGUUUUACGGCCGCCUGAAGGGCCUCUCUGGAGAGCAAGUCCGGGAGGAGAUGGAACAGAUCAUCCAGGAUGUGGGGCUGCCCCACAAGAGGCGAGAUCAGACCAAGAACCUGUCAGGAGGCAUGCAACGUAAACUGUCUGUGGCCAUCGCCUUCGUGGGGGGCUCCAAGGUGGUGAUUUUGGACGAGCCGACGGCCGGCGUUGACCCCUACUCUCGCCGUGGCAUCUGGGACCUCCUGCUGAAGUACCGUACAGGCCGGACGGUCAUCCUGUCGACGCAUUACAUGGACGAAGCCGACCUCCUGGGCGACCGGGUGGCCAUCAUCUCCCAGGGCCGCCUCUGCUGCUGCGGGUCCUCGCUCUUCCUCAAGACCAAGCUGGGCACGGGGUACUACCUGACGCUGGUGAAGAGGGAGGCGGGCAGGGGGCGCCACCCGGCGGGCGUCAACGGGGUGGCGGCCCCCGCCGGCAAAAAGGCGGACAGCGACUCGGAAAGAAGUUGCGACACCGGCCUGGGCAGCGAACAGAACAGCGAGGGCACAGAUGUGCCCCAGCUGACGGCCGUGAUCCAAAAAAUGGUCCCGGGGGCCCGUCUGGCGGAGGACAUCUGCCAGGAACUCCUCUACGUCCUGCCGUACAGCGGGGCCAAAGACGGAGCUUUCGGGGAGCUGUUCCGGGAGCUGGACGCCCGCCUGGCGGAGCUGGGGAUCUCCGGGUACGGGAUUUCCGACACCAGCCUGGAAGAGAUCUUCUUGAAGGUGGCAGAAGACACCAAUGUCGACGUCGCAGGAGACGCGGAGGCAGCCCCUGCCGACCUCAGGACGUCCAUGCCGGCCUCUGGUUACACCCUGCGGACGUUGAGCGAGGAUUCGGAAGUGGCAGACGCCGAGCCCGCGGAAGAAGCCAAGGAGACGGACCUCUUGAGGGGCGUGGGGGUCCAGCCCUCCUACCAGCUGGCGGGCUGGGCGCUGGUGCGGCAACAGCUCCGCGCCCUCUUCACCAAACGCCUUCUGUACGCCCGCCGGAGCACCAGGGGAUUUCUUGCGCAAAUUGUGCUUCCUGCGGUCUUCGUCUGCAUCGCCCUCCUCUUCAGCCUCAUCGUACCUCCUUUCGGCAAGUAUCCCCCUCUGCGCCUCGAACCCUGGAUGUACGGACCUCAGUAUACCUUCAUCAGUGACGACUCCCUGGGAGAUACUGGAUCCUCCCGGCUCCUCGAAUCUCUUCUCCGUGAACCAGGCUUUGGGACCAAGUGCGUGAGGGACCCCCCAGAGCUGAAGGCUCGGUGCCCGUCGGUGGCCCCCCACGAACGAGGCUUCGUGACCCCGGAAGUGUCGCCGGAGCUGGCUUCGUUUUUCGAGAACGGCAACUGGACUUCGGACGACCCAUCCCCGGGCUGCGUGUGCAGCUCCCGGGAGUCCCGGAAGAUGCUCCCAGAUUGCCCCGAAGCGGCCGGGGGGCUCCCUCCUCCUCAGAUGCAGAGGAACACGGGGGACGUUCUCCAGAACCUCACCGGGAGGAACAUCUCCGAUUACCUAGUGAAGACCUACCCGAAAAUCAUCCGCCAAGGGUUACGAACCAAAAAAUGGGUCAACGAACAACGGUACGGCGGAUUCUCUCUGGGUGGCCGCACUUCCCAGGCCCUGCCGACGUCAUCAGAGGUGGCCGCUGUCGCAAGAGAGAUUCGCGAGCGACUCACCGUCGCCGAGGGGGGCCCCCUCGACAGACUUCUGAAUAACCUCAGUGGGUUUGUUGAAGGACUGCGAACACGUCAGAACGUGAAGGUGUGGUUCAACAACAAGGGCUGGCACGCCAUGGUGUCUUUCGUCAACGUGGCGAACAACGGUCUCCUGAGGGCGAGCCUACCUGCCGGGGCCGACCCCUCGCGUUACGGCAUCACGGCCAUCAACCACCCCCUCAACUUGACCAAAGAGCAGCUCUCGGAGGCGGCCCUGAUGGCCACGUCGGUGGACGUGCUGGUCUCCAUCUGCGUGAUGUUCGCCAUGUCCUUCGUCCCGGCCAGCUUCGUCCUCUUCCUCAUCGAGGAGCGCGUCAGCAAAGCCAAACACCUCCAGAUCGUCAGCGGGAUGAAGCCCGGGGUCUACUGGCUGGGCAACUUCGCCUGGGAUAUGUGUAACUACCUUGUUCCGGCUCUCCUGGUGGUGCUGAUUUUCCUCUGUUUCCAGCAAAAAUCGUACGUCUCCUUGGCCAACCUGCCGGCUCUGAUCCUCCUGCUCCUCCUCUACGGCUGGUCCAUCACCCCCCUGAUGUACCCAGCCUCUUUCCUCUUCAGUGUCCCCAGCACAGCCUACGUGGUCCUGACGUGCGUCAAUCUCUUCAUUGGCAUCAACGGGAGCGUGGCCACCUUCGUCCUCGAGCUCUUCACCGACAAGAACUUGAACGACAUCAACGUGGUCCUUAAAAAAGUCUUCCUCAUCUUUCCGCACUUCUGCCUGGGCCGCGGGCUGAUCGAUAUGGUGAAGAACCAGGCGAUGGCGGACGCCUUCGAGCGCUUCGGUGACCAAAAAUUCAUCUCUCCUCUAAGCUGGGACUUAGCAGGGAAGAACAUCUUCGCCAUGGCUGUGGAAGGAGCCGUUUUCUUUGCCUUCACUCUCCUGGUGCAGUACAAAUUCUUCUUCACCCUCCGGCCCUCCCCGGUCAAGGAGUCCCCGCUGGGAGAAGAGGACGAGGACGUCGCCAAGGAACGGAAGAGGGUCACCGGCGGGGUCCCGGCCGGGGACAUCCUUGUACUGCAGCAGCUAACAAAGGUCUACCGGGGGACCAAGAAGCCAGCGGUGGAUCGCCUGUGCGUGGGGAUCCCUCCGGGGGAAUGUUUCGGUCUCCUGGGGGUCAACGGCGCUGGGAAAACGUCGACUUUCAAAAUGCUAACGGGAGACUCGGAGGUGACGUCGGGGAGGGCGUUCCUGAAAGGCUACAGCGUGCUCACUGACCUCCAAGCCGUCCACCAGAACAUGGGCUAUUGCCCUCAAUUUGACGCCAUCAACGACCUGCUAACCGGACGCGAACAUCUCGUCUUCUACUCUCGCCUGCGCGGGGUCCCGGAGACCGAAAUUCCCGGGGUGGUCAAAUGGGGGCUGUCGACGCUCGGCCUGGCGGCCUACGCGGACAGGCCCGCCGGACGGUACAGCGGCGGCAACAAACGCAAGCUAUCCACGGCCAUCGCGCUCAUCGGAGCGCCGCCGGUCAUCUUUCUGGACGAGCCGACGACGGGGAUGGACCCUCGGGCCAAACGCUUCCUUUGGAACUGUAUCCUUGGCGUGAUAAGGGAUGGCCGGUCGGUGGUCCUCACGUCCCACAGCAUGGAGGAGUGUGAGGCUCUUUGCACCAGGAUGGCCAUCAUGGUGAACGGCCGUUUCCGAUGCCUGGGGAGUGUGCAGCAUCUGAAGAACAAGUUCGGAGACGGCUACACCAUCGUCCUCCGGGUCUCCGGCGCCGACCUGGGCCCCGUGGAGAAAUUCGUCCGGGACUCUUUCCCUGGAAUCCUCUUGAAGGAGAAGCACCAUUGCACCCUUCAGUAUCAGCUGCCUUCUCGCAGCUGCUCCCUGGCCAAGAUCUUCGGCAUCCUCUCGGCUCACCGGGCCACCUACCACAUCGAAGACUACUCCGUCUCGCAAACGACCCUCGACCAGGUGUUCGUCCACUUCGCCAAAGACCAAAGCGACGCGGAUUGCUCCCCCGUGGACCACCCCAUGCCCCCAAGCCGCUGGAGAAGAAUCCUUGGUUUCCUGGACGACAAGAACGUGGAAGAAACCCGGGUCUGAGAGGCGCGAUCCGAACUCGGGACCUCGUAUUUAGG